GGCAAAGGUAUUAUAAAAAGAGCUCAUAAGAACAUGUCCAAAGCAAACGUGAUAUACUGGCAACAACGAAAAUGAAUUGCAAGAUUGGUAUCAUGAGCUUCAUGGUGAUUAUUUCAAUAGUCUUCCUAUUCCUCUUGGUUUCAGGAAAAGUUGAAGCUCAACCCCAAAAGUGCAUUGGAUCAUGUACAAGCAGUUCUGCCUGUGGAAACUCUUGCAUCAAGAUGGGAUACAAAAUUGGCGAAUGCGUCGGCUGGAAAAAACCCAAUAAAUGUUGUUGCAUGUUUCGUAUGUACUAGAUUCAUUUGAAAUCAUCAGCAAAAAAUAUACUUGAUGAGUAAUAUAGCUAGUACUAUAUAACAAAAGCGUGCGAGUUCUGAUAACCUCGGUUUAACUCAAAUAAUGGAAAAAACAUAUUAUUACAUUAACAAAUA